AUUUUAGAUAAUAUCUGUAGCAAUAAAUUAAUGUGAGACGAAGAGUCGUCGUAGUUAGUUUUGAAUUCAAUUCUUAGACUUUGUUGGGAGCAAAAUUUAGUAACCAACCACACUAUAUAGCACAAAAGAAAAGAUCAUGUUGUUUCAUUUCAACCUUAAUUAAUCCACAUUGAACCCAUCCUUUCCUUCCAAGAUGAGAGUUAUUCAUCAAUUUUCAUGGCUUUUUUUCAUACCCUUUAGCUUGAUAUUAUUACUCACUGUGAAUUUGCAUACUGUUUCUAGCCAAUGCCUUAACGACCAAAAAUCCUUGUUGCUUCAACUGAAAAACAAUCUUACUUUCAACACAAUAUUAUCAACCAAGUUGGUCACAUGGAGUAGUGAUCAAAGUUCAGAUUGCAAAGCUUGGAAAGGUGUAACAUUUAAUGGUGAAGGACUUGUCACAGGUCUUAACUUGAGCCUUGAGUGGAUCUCUGGUGGAUUACACAACAAUUCAACUCUAUUCAAUCUACAACAUCUCAAAAGCCUUGAUUUAUCAUGGAACAUUUUCAACAACAUUCUUAUCCCAAAUGAGAUUGGUAAACUCUCAAAUCUAAGUCAUUUAAAUUUGGCAUAUGCAGGCUUUGUUGGGCAAGUCCCAUUUACCAUAUCACACUUAACAAACUUGGUCACUCUUGAUAUCACCACACUACAAGGGAAGCUAAAUCUUGACAGCAUAGAUUUUGGGGUAAUGGUUCAGAACCUUUCCAAGCUUGAAGAAAUGUAUUUUGAUGGUGUGAAUUUAUCAUCAUCAAGUAAUGACUGGUGUAAGGCCUUGUCAUCUUCUGUGCCUAAAUUGAGAGUUUUGAGCUUGUCAAGCUGUGAUCUUUCAGGCCCUCUUGAUGAAUCUCUUGGGAAUCUUCACUCUUUGUCAGUGAUUCGCCUCGAUUAUAAUAACUUGUCUUCCACAGUUCCCACAUCUUUUUCUAAUUUCUCAAAUCUGACUUCCUUGAUUCUCAACUCGAAUAAGUUGUAUGGGAACUUUCCUGAAAAGAUUUUUCAGAUACCAACCUUACAAAAUAUUGACUUAUCAAUGAAUUCCUUACUUCAUGGUGUUUUGCCAGACUUUCCCCAAAGUAAUUCUCUCCAAACACUUGAACUGCUUAGCAGUAAUUUUUCAGGGGCAUUGCCAACAUCCAUUGGCAACCUUAAGAACUUGUCUAAGUUAGACAUUUCUGCAUGCAAUUUCAGUGGAGAACUUCCAAGUUCACUGGCUAAGCUCAACCAACUGAUGUACUUGGGUUUAUCUUAUAACAAGUUCACUGGUCAAAUCCCAUCUUUCAAUAUGGCCAAGAACUUAACAGAAAUAAAUCUAUCUCAUAAUUCUCAUGGCGGGACUAUUCCUGCUGCAUUGUUUGCACUUCCAUCAUUGCAGAAGAUUCAACUUUCCAACAAUAAUUUCAGUGGACAAGUUGUUGGGUUUUCAAAUCCUAGUUCAUCACUUUUGGAUACUCUUGAUUUGAGCAGCAAUAAUCUUGAAGGGCCUCUUCCAAAGUCCAUCUUCAAACUCAGAAAUCUCAAAAUUCUAUCACUGUCCUCAAACAAAUUCAAUGGCACCUUGCAAUUCGAUGUGAUUCAAAGAUUGGUAAAUCUUACAUCACUUGACCUUUCUUACAACAACUUGUCAAUCAAUACAAGUGGUAAAUACUCUAAAUUUCUUUCAUUUCCACAAUUUAACACAUUAAUGCUUGCUUCUUGUAAAUUGACCACUUUUCCUGAUCUUAAGAAUCAAUCAAAGUUAGCCAUUUUGGACCUCUCAAACAACCAAUUUCAUGGGGAGAUACCUAAUUGGAUUUGGGGACUUGAAAGUCUUAUGGUUCUGAAUCUCUCCCAUAAUUCUCUAAUGAGUCUACAAGAACCUUAUGCUCUUUCUCCUUUUCUCUUUAUCCUUGACUUACAUUCCAACCAGCUUCAUGGGAAGAUUCCCAUUUUACCCCCAGCUUCAACCUAUAUAGAUUUGUCUAUCAAUAACUUCACUUCCUCAAUUCCUGUAGACAUUGGUAACCAUCUUAAUGGCAUUCUGUUCUUCUCUGUCUCAAAAAACCAUCUUACAGGUAUUAUACCAGAAUCCAUAUGUAAUGCAUCAUCCUUAAUUAAAGUGCUUGACUUAUCAUACAAUAAUUUAGACAAAGAAAUACCUGAAUGUUUGUAUGAUAUGACUCAAAAUCUUGAGGUGUUGAAUCUAAGAAACAACAACUUCAGAGGCUCAAUUCCUAAUGCCUUUCCAGUUAAUUGUUCUUUAGAGACACUUGAUCUAAAUGGGAAUUCAUUACAAGGGAAGAUUCCAAAUUCUCUAUCUUCUUGCAACAAAUUAGAGGUCUUGGAUCUUGGGAACAAUUUCUUUAUUGGUGAGUUUCCUUGCUUGUUAAGGAACAUAUCUACACUACAAGUCCUUGUUCUUCAGUCCAACAAAUUUCAUGGAAGUAUUAGAUGUUUAAACUCAAAUGAAAGCUGGAAGGUGUUACAGAUUAUGGAUUUAGCUAAUAAUGAUUUUGAUGGUACAAUACCAGAUGGGAGUUUCAUAAAAUUGCAGGCAAUGCUACAACCCUCUUCGAAAAUUAAUCGUGCUCACCUUGAUGUUCAAUAUGAUAAUGGAAUGUAUUAUCAAGAUUCAGUUACAGUUUCCUUUAAGGGUAGGGAGAUGGAGUUAGUGAAAAUCUUAACAGUCUUCACUUCUAUUGAUUUGUCAUUCAACCAUUUUGUUGGAGCAAUACCAGAGGAGUUAGGACAGCUUCAAGCACUUUAUUUUCUCAACUUAUCCAACAAUGCUCUCAUUGGCCAAAUCCCAUCAUCUAUUGGAAACAUGGCACAACUUGAGUCCCUAGACCUUUCAAGUAACAAGCUGAAUGGAUCAAUUCCGGUAUCUCUUGCAAACCUUAACUUCCUUGCCUUUUUGAACCUUUCAUACAAUGAUCUAACCGGACUAAUUCCAUCCGGUAAUCAAAUCCAAACAUUUCCACCCGAAUCUUUCGUUGGAAAUAAAGGACUGCGGGGAUGUCCUUUGACAGAUGAUUGUGGGAAGAGAGUGGCUCCUCGAAACACAACAAAGAAGAAUGGUUCAGAAGUUGAAAAUGAUAAUGAGAUUGAUUGGAAUCUCAUAAGUGCUGAAAUUGGAUUAAUUGUUGGCUUUGGAGCUGUGAUUUUACCACUUGUGUUUUGCAAAAGAUGGAGGAUUAAGUAUUUUGAGUGCAUUGAUGAUGUUGGUGUGAAACUCUUUCCUCAAUUGUAUAUAACCAAUUACAACAAGAACAGAAGAGAAAGAAGAAGAAGGCACUCAUCUUGAUAUUGUUUCUUAAAGACAUGAAUCUAUUGAGUGGUUUGGAGCUGAGACUAAUUUUUGCUGCUGGUGUUUUACAAGAGAUGGAGGAAGUUAUGUUCUGUUUACUAUUGUUGAUUUUAGCAUAUCUACAAAUAUUAUUUUAAGGUUUGAAGCAAGUUGUCAUAGUAGUAAUCAUAACUAUAAACUUUAAUCAACUUUCUUUCACUUGUUGAAAGGAAUUAAAGUUUCAAGUAAUCAUAGGUUGUGCUGGAAUGUUUACGAGGUUGUGUAUGGUUGGAAGUAAUGAAAUAAAAAUGAAUCAAUUUUUAUUCU